AUGGUGGAUGGCAUUGAAAUCCAGGAAGCUACCAAGGAAAACGCACUAUUAAAUCCUGAAUUGUGUGCUACCUGUCACGCCACUAAAGUAAAGAGAUCGAAGGUGUAUGGCAAGUUUGGCCGUAUUCACUUCGACCUUAUUCAGUUAGACGAAGCCUCUAAUGGGGAUAAGUGGCUAUCGUAUCUCUACCUCGAGGGUAUUCGUUUUCACAUAACCCACACGCAUAAGAACAAGAACGGUUGUGUGAAGGCUAUCCGAGAAGCCCUUGCCCUCUGCAGAAACCAAUUCGGUAUGGAUAUUCGAGUCUUCAAAAGCGAUAGAGAGAAGGCGCUAGAUUAA